GCUAAAUCGACUGCAUGUAUGACGCAGGAAAAGAACUGUUGAUCCAUAAACGGAAAAGUUAGCUGGUUGUAAUGAGGGUCCAGGUCUCCCUCUCCACACACAUGUGUUCUCCAUAAACAAUGGAUUGAUGUUUCACCUCAUUCAUAUUCUCGCCUUCUGCUUACAGUCACUGUGAGUGUCGAACUUCAGAGCUGCGGGGCUCUUCUGCAUUUCUGUGAGGUUUCUCCAACUAGCUACUUGAGAGACUAAGCUACUUGAGAAGAGCAAUUAGCGAUACGGUGACAUGUGUCUUCCGUGGCUACCUAGUCAGCAUUCGUGGAUAGUGAGAAGGGCUUGAACGCUAUGGUCUGAUCUUCCUGACAACAGAGUAAUGGAGCAUGAGCAGUUACUGAGCCAGCCAUGUCCUUGGUUAAUGAGUCAUUUGGCUUCUAAUGUCCCUGAGUCACAGACUGUCCUCCAGAUCUCCUGGCUGACUCAUCACUGAGGUGUAUUGUGUCCAAGAGGCCUCCCGCAGUGACCAUGCAUCAAUCACGAAAGGAGCCAAGGAACAUGUGUCAAAUCAACAGUGCCUUGACUUCCUUCCACACUGCUUUGGAACUUGAAGUAGAUCAGAGAGAAAUCCAACAUGUCUGUCUGUAUGAAAUUGGUAGGUGCAGCACGAUAGAGCUCAAUUUCAAGGAUGCAUUUGAUUCCUUUGAGAGGCUGAAAAACGAGUCCCGGUGGUCCCAGUGCUAUUAUGCCUAUUUAACUGCGGGUGAGUACACGUCUUCUACCAUGUGUGAUUCUGAGGAACACGAGGUGUUUCAACACUGCGUGUUUUAUAGCAGACCUUGCUACGAAGUGGAUGAUUCAUCUGUCAUUGGAUUAAACUAUUUGCUUCUUGGUGCCAUACACAAAUGUCUAGGAAACUCAGAAGUUGCUCUUCAGUAAACUUUCUUUCAGCGAGCUGUUAAGGAGGAGCUGUGUCAUCAGAAUAAGUUACGAGCAUAUGUUCAGCUAUAUGCUUGCUAUGAACUUGGUUGUCUUCUAUUAAACAAACCAGAGACUGUGGCAAGAGGCAGAACUCUACUUCUUCAAGCAAAGCUCGCAGCGUGCCACCUGGCCGGCGGAAUUCCGGCCUUUGCCCCUUUCGGCUCCCUAUUGGCUGGGACGCCGAGGCCCCGCCUCCUUCCGAGGCGGUCCCUGGCCGGCUACGUGAACGCGGCCUUUACGAGUCACGCCCUGACGUCCCCGGAGGUAUAA